CCUCCGGGAGCAGCAGAACUUCCACAGUGUCCACGGUCCUCCACGGGAAAAGUCUGGAAAACAUCUGGCUCCUUCCUCUUCCUCCUCCGCUUCCUCCUCCUCCUCCUCGUCCUCCCGCAUGUGUUCAACGCGGAGACGGUGAAGUCGCUACCGGGGGAAGCAGCAGCGGUGCACCGGGGCUGUGGAGGUAGUUACCGGGGUGUGGAGGGCUCGCCGCGCCGGGACGCUUCUCAGCGAUGGAGACCACGAAGUGAACGUCCCCUGUAGUUCUACGCUUCUUCUUCUUCUUCUUCUUCUUCUUCUUCUUCUUCUUCUACUUCUUCUUUGGAUUUACUCUCACAUUGAAGCGGUGCGUACUUCUGAACAAGAUGCCCGGAAAGACCAAGUACAACCUGGUGGACGACGGGCACGACCUGCGGAUCCCGCUGCACAACGAGGAAGCGUUUCAGCACGGGAUCAACUUCGAGGCGAAGUACAUCGGCAGUCUGGAUGUGGCGCGGCCGGGCAGCCGGGUGGAGAUUGUGGCUGCUAUGAGGAGAAUACGGUAUGAGUUCAAGGUGAAAAACAUCAAGAAGAAGAAGGUCCACAUCACGGUGUCCGUGGACGGCGUGAAGGUCACCCUGAGGAAAAAGAAAAAAAAGAAGGAGUGGACGUGGGACGAGAGCAAGAUGAUGGUGAUGCAGGAUCCGAUUUACAGGAUAUUCUACGUCUCCCACGACUCCCAGGAUCUGAAGAUCUUCAGCUACAUCGCCCGAGACGGACAGAGCAACGUCUUCCGCUGCAACGUCUUCAAGUCCAAGAAGAAGAGUCAGGCCAUGCGCAUCGUGCGGACGGUCGGCCAGGCCUUCGAGGUUUGUCACAAACUGAGUCUGCUGCACACGCAUCAGAACGCUGACGGACAGGAGGACUGCCACAGCGAGAAGAACGGCAACGACUCCUCCAUCUCAGGCGUGCGUGCUCAUCCACCUGUAUGUGUGUGUACUUUCCUCGGCUCAGCUCGGGAGCUAACGGGCGCCGAGAAGACGGCGGUCGUCGCCGAGGAGACGGACAUCGAUGCAGAGGAGGCGAGCCAGGGGCUGGCGGGCGAGGAGUCGCACAUCAACAGAGGAGUGACCGAUCUGGACGCCACGGCAAAGACACCGGAUCUGAACCACAUAGAGAACGAGCCUCCAGCUGCAGAGGAGGUCUCUCUGCUGGUGUCCAGCCCCAGGAUGCUGCUCCCUGCAGCGGCCGUCCUGCCGCCGGCCGCCCCCCUGUCGACCCACCACCAGAUUCAACUGCUCGGGCAGCAGCUGCAGCAGCAGCAGCAGCAGACACAAGUGGCUGUGGCACAGGUCCACCUCCUGAAGGACCAGCUGAGUGCAGAGGCCACGGCUCGACUGGAGGCUCAGGCCCGAGUCCAUCAGCUGCUGCUGCAGAACAAAGACCUGCUGCAGCACAUCUCCCUGCUGGUGAAACAGAUCCAGGAGCUGGAGAUAAAGAUGUCUGGACCCAACUCAAUGGGCUCCCAGGACAGUUUGUUGGAGAUCACCUUCCGGUCGACGAUACCUCCAGUGAUGUGCGACCCCACGACUCCUAAACCCGAGCUGUCGGCCGUCAACCUGCCUGCGCUGAGCGCCGGUGACGGGACCAUCAACGCCUUCUCGUCUUCCAACGGGACGCUCGGAAGCCCCCUAGGUAGGGACCAGUGUCUUCUCAAACUGGAGUGUUUCCGUUUCCUCCCAGGACCCCCGGGGCCGCCUCCUCCUCGACUUCCCUCGCCUCCCCCGCCACCGCUCAAGCCGAACAGGCUGGAGCUCAAAAGCCCCGAGGGGUCGGAGGGCACGGCGGAGUUGCUCUCCGCCGACGUCAAGUCUCUGGGCUGCCUGGACUUUGCCAGGUUCCGCGAGUCGGGCAUCGCCUCGGAGUACGAGUCGAACACGGACGACAGCGACGACAGUGAGGACGGGGGGGAGGACGGGGAGGAGGGGAUGGAGAUCUUUGGCUGGGGGACGGACGAGGAGACGCUGAGGCUGCUCAACGUCCUAAACAGACAGGCGACUCCCGACUGUCUGGGAGAUGAAAUAGCGGUUUAACGCUCCUCCACUGAAGAACGGAGGUUAAACACAAAAACGCCUUCAGCUGUUUUCUUCACUCGCGUCAAAACUACAACCGUAGGAAGAGCAUGUAGCAGAUCGUCACACACGCACAGUGAUUCAGAAAAAGGCUUAAACCAACAUAUCAGAAUAUCCAGAUUAAUAUCAGAUCACAACCAGUUCACCUCUGAUUUUCUUAUUUGGAAUUUGGAUUUAUUUACACAUUUCUUUUUAGAUAUGGGGACAUCAGAGUUAAGGUGUUUCCAGUUUGAACAUAAAGCGAAUUUUAACCAGAUUGGUGGCGUCAGCUGGAACACAUCAGGUUUAUUUUCAUGCAGAUUUGUGCGAAUAAACUUCGACGAUGAUUCUCUUCAUGUUCAACCUGAACUCGUCUUAACUGACCUCCGUGGUUCACAUCUGUAAAGUCUCCAGAGACCAACUGUGUGAAUCUAAUCUCUAAUCUAUAUGCACAACCAUGCAUUCACUCUGAUUCUGUAAAUCCUCCUUCUUACUUUUCUUUCCUUUUAUUUCUCUUGUGUGUCACACACACACACACACACAGACACACACACACACAGACACACACACGACCACCAGCUCCCUGUUGCUGAAUUCCUCAUUGGGAUUCAGGAGCUGUAUUACAAAUAUCAGGGAGUUGACCUGAAACCCGAGGAGUCGUUCUCCCCCUGCAACAGAUUGAAAGUAUUUUCCGUCUGUUUGUUGCUCGUCUUCAUCAAUUUGACGUCAGGACACAAACAUGAACGAGCUCCUCUGGUUUAAUUGAAGCUGUACAUACACUAUAUCGACCUUAGGUUAGUUCAGGGGCGUGUUUUCCGUUUGUGAGGCGUGGGAGCGUAGCUGUCCGUCACGCUGGCGGGAACAAGACGACAGGGUAUGGACUCGUGAGCUCUGACUCUUUUCUGACGAGGAGAGAUGAACUGGAGAGGAACUUUGCUCCAGUCCCUGCGUGUGGAGAGGAGAACGUCUUCUCUCGCUCUGUUCACGACCAAUCAAAGACUAUUUUUAGACAAAAUCUGUAUCUCUACUGUAAAAGCUUUGUUUUCUACGUCAUCCCACUGAAACGUGGAACUGCUCCGUCCUUGACCUUCUGCCGGCAACCCUCCUUUUGUCUCCUCACAAUUUGUUGACUUGUUAGUCGGAGCAUGUUUGCACUCUUUUCACUUGUCCGCGCAUUUUAAUUUAUGUAAAGCCGGGAUUAGUCGGACCUCGAGGAACGCCGUUUGUUUCUUUUAUUCAUCCCCUAAACAAAAACCCCUUCCCCUCGUGCCAGAACAGCGGCUCAUGACAGCCAAGAGUGGUCUUGUUUGGUUAAAGCCCGGCUCUGUGUAUGGCCUUCGGGCACAAUGCAGUAUUAAAGUGUUCAUUUUGUUUCACCAGGAAAA